AAGAAAGGAAACCCGCCAUUGAAGCGAACUCACAACGUGAUUGUUCCGUUGAAGUGCACUCUUCCAAAAAGGUGCAAAUCAAUUUUUUAAUCAUACACCUACCACUGGUGUUUGUUCGCAGAGAUGGCGUACAGAGGACAAGGACAGAAGGUGCAGAAGGUUAUGGUGCAGCCCAUUAACCUCAUUUUCAGGUAUCUGCAAAAUCGCUCACGGAUCCAGGUCUGGUUGUAUGAACAGGUGAACAUGCGGAUAGAGGGCUGCAUUAUUGGCUUUGAUGAGUACAUGAACCUGGUUCUAGAUGAUGCUGAGGAAGUCCACAUGAAGACUAAGAACAGGAAGCCACUUGGGAGGAUCAUGUUGAAAGGAGACAACAUUACCUUGCUGCAGAGUGUGUCCAACUAGAACAAUGGAGACAUCUACAAAUCGUACCUUUCCUAGAGAGAAAUGUUUUGUUGUUGUUUGUUGAAAAUGCUAUUGAGUAUGUUUGUGUUUAUACAACAUGAAUAUUGUUAAUUGUUUCUUUCUACCACGUUUUCCUUUUGAGAAUAAAGUUUUUUUUUUUCUUACA